AUGCCUGAAGAGGAGGUUCAAGGCAAGAAGAAGUUCAAACCACCGCCAAAUAUCACGAAAGCUGAUGCCAAAGACCCACAGUAUGAGACGCUGCGCGGAAUCGGUAACGAACUGUUUGCUGGCGAUAGAGAAAAAGAAAAGAAAGAGGAAGAUAAGAAAGAGGAACCACCACCUAAAGUAGAAGAAGAAAAGCCUGCGAAAGUGAAGUUCAAAGAACCACCCAAGGUGCAAAAAGCUGAUGCAAAAGAUCCGCAGUACGAAACAUUGGCUGAUGUUAAGGACGACAUUUUUAAGGGAUAG